GACAUGUGAGCAUUACUAGGCGAUUCAUCCUGCCAGGCUGCAGUCGCUUCUCGCCAGGCUGCUGCUCAGUGUGAAUAGUGCCGUGGCGGUGGUUUGUGCUCUGCUCCUACGGGCUUUUAGUGACCGGCUCGGACAUCCAGGCUUUUUUUAAGCCUUGCAAGGCUAUCUGCUGAUUGUGUAAUUUAAUUUGUCAAGGAAAGAAACUGAUAAGCAGAAGCUCUAACUGAAGAGGAGAACCAGGUUGGCACAGUGACAGAUGUUCGGAUAAAGAAGUUGGCUCAGAGAAGAUGUACGGAGUCUGAUAUUUUUUUUCCUUUUUUUUUUUUUUUUUUCUCUCCCCCUCAAUCUGAAUGAAGACUAUCAUGGGAACUGCAUUCACAUGGUGAUCAAAAGAAACACUUGAGUGAUGAACUGCUUUAGCAGAAGAAGUCCAAGGCAGUAAUUUGAGCUUUUGUGUGCAGUAGCUAGCUUGUUUUGCUGAAGCAUUCUUCCUCAGCAGUAUUUCUGCCUAACGUAUUUCUGCUUCCCUGAUGGAGAAGCCACAGCUACUGCCCGGUGAAGGAAAAAUGAACACUGCAUUGCUUGUGUCCCUGAUGGAGUAACACUGCGUUGCUGUCGUUUGGGGAGGCUGGAUUCAACCGGCAAUAUUAUUCAAGGAUUUCAUUGUCCCUGUGGUCUGACUCACCGCAUGUAAAUGUACUGCAGCCGUGCUGUAUGUUGCAGAUAUUUUUCUUGCAUGGGAAAGACUUAUUUUCCUUUAAGCAGGUCCUGAAAAACUGCUGGAAACGAGAUGCAUUUUUCUGGCUGGACUGUUUGACAUUGAGAAAGGAAGCUGUAGAAUGACAGGAUGAUCAGAAGGCGCGUUUAUUUUCAGUCACCAGAAAGCCUGCGACGACUGAUUUAAAACUGACCUUGCAGGAGUGGGUAUAGCUGCGGCCAUCUCUCUCAGGGCAAUUGUUCCUUGUUCUGUCCUGAAUAGGAUGGUGUCGUGUCUUCUGCAACAAUGAUUUUACUGUGGGGAUAGAAGGACGCUGUGGAAGUUGUGACAUUAACAAAGACAAAUUUGCUUGUGAAAGGACAGCUGUGUGCGACAGCGAGUGCUGUCUGAAUGGAAUUAGAUCUUGGGAUAUUUUUAUCAGCUGUUCCACAGUUUUAUUAUUGUGGUUUCAAUGCCUAGGGAAAUUUUAUUUUAAAAAGAACAACUUUUUUUCAGCGUUGUCUUGAACAUCUCAGGGUGUUUACAUCUGAAAAAUGAAGUGUAAGGGGGGAUUGGAAUGUCCUUUUUUCAAAUGCUAAUGCUCCAGUGGUAGCACUCACAAGUUUUUGAGGGCAUGUGAAACAGGUGAAAGUAUUUCCUCUGUGGUCCCUGUUGUGUUACCUGUGGUCAGGUUCCAAAAAUACUGUUGCUGGUGGUUUUUUACUUACUUUUGCUUCCUCAAACGAUCGAAUGAGUCGAGUCUGUAUUGUUGUUUUGGAGGAGGUGGAAGAUGAUUCUCCCACAUUUAUGACCAAAUUACCUCAGGAAAAUGUAUCUUUACGUCCAUCGCCCUCUGGAAAUGUGCUGCCACCAUUGGUUCAAGCUAUAUUUAAUGGAGAUCCUGAUGAAGUUCGAGCACUGAUAUUUAAGAAAGAAGAUGUUAAUUUUCAGGAUAAUGAGAAAAGGACCCCUUUACAUGCUGCUGCCUAUCUGGGAGAUGCAGAAAUUAUUGAACUACUUAUUUUAUCUGGAGCUAGAGUUAAUGCCAAAGACAGCAAAUGGUUGACUCCUUUACACAGAGCUGUAGCAUCUUGUAGUGAGGAUGCUGUUCAGGUGUUGUUAAAGCAUUCAGCGGAUGUCAAUGCUCGUGAUAAAAACUGGCAGACACCCCUACAUAUAGCAGCUGCAAAUAAAGCUGUGAAAUGUGCUGAAGCUUUGGUGCCUCUCCUAAGCAACGUAAAUGUGUCUGAUCGAGCAGGCAGAACUGCAUUACAUCAUGCAGCCUUCAGUGGACAUGUUGAGAUGGUCAGCUUACUGUUGUCUAGAGGGGCCAAUAUUAAUGCAUUUGACAAGAAAGACAGACGAGCUAUACAUUGGGCAGCAUAUAUGGGUCAUAUUGAAGUUGUGAAAUUACUUGUGGCCCAUGGAGCUGAAGUGACAUGCAAAGACAAGAAAUCAUAUACACCCUUACAUGCUGCAGCAUCUAGUGGGAUGAUCAGUGUAGUCAAAUAUCUUCUAGAUCUGGGAGUUGAUAUGAACGAACCAAAUGCCUAUGGAAAUACUCCUCUCCAUGUAGCUUGCUACAACGGACAAGAUGUUGUAGUGAAUGAACUCAUAGACUGCGGUGCUAAUGUAAAUCAAAUGAAUGAGAAGGGUUUUACACCUUUGCACUUUGCUGCUGCAUCAACACAUGGAGCACUGUGUUUAGAGCUUUUGGUCUGUAACGGAGCAGAUGUAAAUAUGAAGAGUAAAGAUGGGAAAACACCUUUGCACAUGACAGCAAUCCAUGGUAGAUUUUCAAGAUCUCAAACCAUCAUUCAGAAUGGAGCUGAAAUAGACUGUGAAGAUAAGAAUGGAAAUACUCCUUUGCACAUAGCAGCUAGAUAUGGUCAUGAGCUAUUAAUCAACACUCUGAUUACGAGUGGUGCUGACACUGCAAAGCGGGGUAUACAUGGGAUGUUUCCUCUCCAUUUGGCAGCAUUAAGUGGAUUUUCAGACUGCUGCAGAAAACUCCUCUCAUCAGGUUUUGACAUUGACACACCAGAUGACUUUGGCAGGACUUGUCUUCAUGCAGCUGCAGCUGGAGGGAAUUUGGAGUGCCUAAAUCUUCUGCUAAAUACUGGUGCAGACUUCAACAAAAAGGACAGAUUUGGAAGAACUCCACUCCAUUAUGCUGCUGCCAAUUGUAAUUAUCAGUGCCUGUUUGCCCUUGUGGGCUCUGGAGCUAGUGUGAAUGACCUUGAUGAGAGGGGUUGUACACCUCUGCACUAUGCAGCUGCAUCAGACACAGAUGGAAAGUGCCUGGAAUACUUGCUAAGAAAUGAUGCCAAUCCAGGGAUCCGAGACAAACAAGGAUACAAUGCAGUUCACUAUUCAGCUGCUUACGGUCAUCGCUUAUGUCUUGAAUUGAUUGCCAGCGAAACACCUCUAGAUGUUCUAAUGGAAACAUCAGGUACUGACAUGCUGAAUGAUUCAGACAACAGAGCACCUAUAAGUCCUCUGCAUUUAGCUGCCUAUCAUGGCCACCAUCAAGCUCUGGAAGUGCUGGUACAGUCGCUGCUGGACCUUGAUGUGAGGAAUAACAACGGAAGGACACCACUGGACCUUGCUGCCUUUAAGGGACACGUGGAAUGUGUAGAUGUGCUCAUUAAUCAGGGAGCAUCGAUCUUGGUGAAAGAUUAUGUUGUAAAGAGGACCCCAAUACAUGCUGCAGCUACGAAUGGUCACUCGGAAUGUUUGCGGCUAUUGAUAGGAAAUGCAGAACCACAGAAUGCAGUGGACAUUCAAGAUGGAAAUGGCCAGACUCCUCUGAUGAUGUCAGUUCUCAAUGGGCACACCGACUGCGUUUAUUCACUCCUUAACAAAGGAGCAAAUGUAGAUGCCAAAGAUAAGUGGGGAAGGACAGCAUUACAUAGAGGGGCAGUUACCGGGCAUGAGGAAUGUGUGGAAGCCUUGCUUCAACAUGGUGCUAAAUCCUUAUUACGAGACUGUAGGGGGCGAACCCCUAUACACUUGUCAGCUGCAUGUGGACAUAUAGGUGUUCUAGGAGCUCUCCUGCAGUCAGCUACAUCUGUGGAUGCAGUACCUGCAAUAGCAGACAAUCACGGCUAUACAUCACUGCAUUGGGCCUGCUAUAAUGGUCAUGACAGUUGUGUAGAGCUCCUCCUGGAACAGGAAGUUUUCCAGAAAAUGGAAGGAAAUUCUUUCAGUCCAUUGCAUUGUGCUGUGAUAAAUGACAAUGAAGGUGCUGCAGAAAUGUUAAUUGAUACACUAGGUGCUGGUAUUGUAAAUUCAACAGAUUCAAAAGGAAGAACUCCUCUUCAUGCAGCAGCUUUUACAGAUCACGUUGAGUGUCUACAGCUUCUGCUCAGUCACAAUGCUCAAGUAAAUGCUGUAGAUUCUUCUGGGAAGACGCCUUUAAUGAUGGCUGCAGAAAAUGGACAGACGAAUACAGUUGAGGUGCUGGUUAGCAGUGCUAAAGCUGAUCUGACUUUGCAAGACAGUUCUAAGAACACAGCACUCCAUUUGGCUUGCAGCAAGGGUCAUGAAACUAGUGCCUUGUUAAUACUGGAGAAGAUUACGGAUAGAAACCUCAUCAAUGCCACCAAUGCAGCCUUGCAAACACCUCUGCAUGUUGCUGCUCGGAAUGGACUAACGGUUGUAGUUCAAGAGCUUUUAGGGAAGGGAGCAAGUGUACUUGCUGUAGAUGAAAAUGACUGUCACUGUUAACUCUGAGCUGUUUAAGUGCUGUGAUACCUUACUAACAAUGAAAACAUCUGCUGCGCUGCACUUCUGUACGGCCCUAUCGCAUGGUCAGCUGGUGCGUUUUGUGCUUGAAUUAUCUGUGUGUUUCCUUGGAUUGUAUGCUCCUUUGGGCAGGGACUGUUGUCUUACUCUGUUCCAAGCAUCAAUCACAAGGUCUGUCCUGAGCAAAUAAUAGUUCAACUGCGAGACUGUCUGUCCCCAGCUUGCUGUUUUCUUAAUUUCUAGCUACAGUUAUUUUCCAUAAUGUGCCAUACUUGUUUAAAACUUCUGUACAAUUGUACAACACGAUAACUACUCCUGAGCUCGAUUCUAACACUUGACCUGGAUCUACUUCUACAAUAAAGAUGAUUCCUUAGUAGUUGAAACACUUGCUGGUAGAACGGGCACUGCCUCAUUUUCCACACCUUCCAAAGGUUUGGAUAGAAAUCCAUUGUGGGGUUUGCUUUCAAGCCAUCUAUUAUUUUUAAUUACUUGUGUACUUUUUGCCUGGAUUUUUUACGCCUUUAAGCUGUGGACUGGGGGUACUGCAGGACUUCAGACUUUCAAAUGUACCUGAACAUGAGUGUUUCUAUUGAGCUCAUACCCAUCGCACAUCUACCGCAUGCAGCGUGAGGUACUGCAAGGGGACUACAGGGUGAUCUUGCCACCCACUUCUGUGCGGAGCCAGGCAGAGGGAACUUUGGUCUUGGCAGCAGAAUUAGCUGUUACCUGUGGUUGCACAUACCUGACUGCCCUGCUUCUAGAGCUGCUGUUGUCACCACCAACAGCAGUGCCUCGGUGUUGUUGAUAUACCCCGAGGCCUGUGCCAAAACUUAUCCUCAGGUGCUUUGCUGAAUGAUUAAGCCUUAAGUCUAAGGAAGGAGCAAUGCACAAAUCUCAACUGAAGAGAAUUUGAAGCAUUUUUCUCGAUGUUUAAUGAGUAGAGGCAAGUAGAUAUGGAAGGGGGAAGCUGCAAAAGGAGAAAUGUUGAAGGAUUAGUAGAGCCACAGUUAAGCAGAAGAGAUUUCACAGCUACGUGACCUGACUGCAAGUCCUUGCACAGCCCGAGUCCUCCUGCAUUUGGGGGUUACCACAGUAGCAUUGCCUGGCAGAAGGAGUUUGGCCAGACCAGUUCAGUAACCAAGAGGUGUAGUCCUAGCCUGCUAAUCCAGCUGGUGUUUCCUCAAACUUCUGCAGAUUUCUUAAUUGAUAUCCCUCAAAUAAAAGUUAGACAUUGGCUUUAUAGUUUAUAUUACUGUAUGUUGUAAUACAGUAUAGGUUGAUUGAAAUUGUACACUUCCUUUUCAGUUACCUGGCCCUGAUGCUUUAGCCAGCUUGUUACUGAGAUAGGACAGUCGUACUACAAUAACUGUCCGUGUUGAACAGCCGUAUGAAAGCUUCUGGAUGAAGAAAUAUUUAACAUGUUGAGCUGUUUCUUGUAGUUGAGCUGUAGAGCUCUCUAGUGAAUGCCUUCACCCAUCAUUGCUGGCUGCCAUUAGUUGUCCCUCCUCAGUCAAGUGAUUUUCAAAUCCAGGCUUUUUUUGCUGGCCUAGAGUGUCUGACUUAAUAAAACAAUAAUGUCUAUGUUCCAAAGCCCACUAACUUCUGGGUUGUUUUUGUAACCAAAAGUUUAAAAAAGUCUAAUUGAUAACUGCAUUUAAUUCUAUGGGUUUUGUUUUGGGGUUUGUUUUUUUUUUUUUUAAAUGGUACAGAACUAAGUAAUAUACUUUUACAGCUGAAAGGUGGCAUGAUCUUGGAGAAAUUUUUACAGUGU